AAUCUUGGUUUUAUGUUGGUAGGUUAAUUUGUUUGAUCCAUUUGAUUGUUCAUAUUUUGAUUCCGCGUAAUAUUUUUAUUAUUGUGUUAUAUCCAUAAUCUCUACACAUAGUGAACAAGUGAAUUAAGAAGACUGUUUGCAUUUUAUUUUGGUAUAAGAUAUUCCAGCAUGCUGAUAGUGUCCCACCUCUGUCGCUGCUCUCAGCCGCUGCGAGCUGUGCAGAGCAAGCUGCUGCUGUCUGGCACCCGGAACAGCUUCAAUGGCUUAAGCAGCAGACAGCUUGUGACCCCAGUCAGAAAUGCUAAUGGCAGAUUGGGAAAUAAAGGAUUUAGGUUAAGUGAACUAGUCAAAUCAAAUGGCAUUGUGGCCCGCCUCUGCUCAUCGGCCCCUAAGCCGAAGCCCCCCAAAGUGGUUGGCUACUGGCUCCUCGGCUGCAGCGGCAUGGUCUUCACAGCGGUAGUCCUAGGUGGAGUGACUCGCUUGACCGAGUCGGGGCUGUCCAUGGUGACGUGGCGACUGCUGGGGGAGAAGCUGCCCACCAGCGAAGAGGAGUGGGUGCGAGAGUUUGAGAAGUACCAACAGUACCCGGAAUAUAAAUACAAAAACCAGCACAUCACGCUAUCGGAGUUCAAAUGGAUCUGGUGGAUGGAGUACGCGCACAGGACGUGGGGCCGCGCUAUCGGCGCCGCCGUGUUCGUCCCCGCCGCCUUGUUCUGGGCGCGCGGGCUGCUGGACCGGCCCAUGAAGCUGCGGGUGGGGGUCUACUGCGCCCUGGUGGCUGCCCAGGGCCUCAUGGGCUGGUACAUGGUGAAGUCAGGUCUAGAAGACCGUUUCCAAGGUCCGUCAGACGUGCCCAGGGUGUCUCAGUACCGCCUCGCGGCGCACCUCGGGCUCGCCUUCGUCCUGUACUCGGGGCUGCUCGCCGGCGCCCUGAGGGUGCUCCGCCCCGUGCCCCCGGCGGCGGUGCUGCAGAAACUACAGGGACUGAAGGGCGUCACGGCCUUGGCACAUUCUGUGAAGGCUAUGGCGUUUUUCACGGCUUUGUCAGGCGCCUUCGUAGCAGGCCUGGAUGCAGGCCUGGUAUACAACUCGUUCCCCAAGAUGGGCGACCGCUGGGUACCGGCGGACAUCUUGGAUUUCUCGCCGACGAUACGCAAUUUCACUGAAAAUCCUGUUACGGUGCAAUUCGACCAUCGGAUAUUAGGCACAACAACAUUAGCGCUGGCGAGCGCGCUGUGGCUGUCGUCGCGGCGCAAGCUACCCAAAGUGGCCGCGCGCGCCGCCGCCGCCGUGGGCGCCAUGGCGUGGCUGCAGGUGGGCCUAGGAAUCCUGACGCUGCUACAUUACGUGCCCACGCCCCUGGCCGCCUCCCACCAAUCGGGAUCGCUGAUGUUGUUGUCUCUGGCAAUUUGGUUGACGCACGAAAUUAAACUGCUCAAAUAUAUACCCAAGUAGACUUGAAUAAAAUGUUAUAUACCUAAGUAAUUCUUACUUUUAAUUUUCAGCGGGUUAAAACAGCUGUCAAACUAAAACAUUUUGAGUUCUAUAUCUGUGUAGCUCUUAUUUUUUGUAAUUGUAGAUUCCGUUCUGCCGAUGUAGUAUAAUACGCGCGACGCCGAUUUUAUGGCGCGAAAGCGAAAAGAAAGAAAAAGUAAUUCGAACUAUUGUUUUAAUUUUUUAAUUAAGUUUAUUACCAAUGGCCAAUGUAUAUCGCCGUGAUUAAUUUGUAACACCCACCGCUUCCAAAAGUUUUUUGAAGGAGUAUUUAUUUUUAUUAAAUUAGUUUUUCGAAAAUAUUGAAGCAGUGUAUUAUUUUGUAGGGUAUGAUUCUUCGAAAUUUGUUAAUUGAAGACAGUAAAAUGAACGAUUUUAUACAUUUCAAAAUCAAAUAAGUUUACUAAUUUAGCAAACUUUCUUUGUAAGUAGAUAUUUUUAGUCUUAAAUCUAGUUACAAUGAUAUCAGAUAAAAAGCAUUUUCUAU